AUAAGAAAUCAAUUUGGCAAUUUCUUCAUACAUUUAUUCAUUUGAGCAAGCCACAUUUCUAAAAUGUGGACAUCACAAAUUUUGAUUCUGGUUACAACCCUGUAUUGUGUGCAAUUUAUGAGUCACUGCUAAAGUUUCAAUAAAAAAAAAUCAUAAACCAAGCGCUCUGGGAAUUUUGUUGCUAUUCACGAUGCCCAAGUAACCUGCAACUUCUGUAUAUUCCCAGUGAUUCUUUAGAGUUCUGUGUUUCCAUAACAACCACAAUCUCAGCCAGUCUGUUCAUCAUUGUCUGCAUUUAACAAAUGUGGAUAAAUGCAUAAUAAGUGCUGAACAUUGGCGUUACUUCUUAAUAGCAUGUUCCUCUGCUAAACAGGGCUAGCAGAUGACGAACGAUGGAUAAAGGACAUUUGUUCAUAGCCACCAUCCAAUAUUUGAUUGAAAGCUAUUUAAGUGUGGCUGCAACCAGAGUGAGAGUGAGCCUGGAUAUGGAAGCUUGACUCCAACUGCAGCGCAUAGCCCAUCCAGGAGCUCCCGACCUGCUGUACCUGCUCCUGUCCCCCAGGCUGCUCCGGCGGUCUCUUUCCAGCAGUCCAUUCGUGGGGCGAGAGGCUCCACAGCGCCCCUCUCAGGUCGAGUGAGGAGCCUGGCCGUGCUUGAGCUGGCUGGCAGCCAGCGUGCGAAUGCACGCUGCCUGCACAGAGAGGCAGGAGACUCAGGAGUACGGUCCGCUCCCCAGCAGAUCGGCGUGUACCAGCGAGCGUCGCGUUGUGUCUGAAUAACGGAUGUGUGUGCGUGGCUGGUGUGUUUCUGCAGACGGCUUGUCAGUGCGGGGGGGGUGGUUACUUUCGUCAUCGCAGUGCACGCGCCCGUGUUGGUGAUGCUCUUUGCGCGAGCUUGGUUACUAGGCAGUUCUGCUCUGUGCUGUCGCAGAUCGGGAGCGAGCAGAUCGGGUUGGUAGCCACCCAGCAUGGGGUUUGUUUAUUAGGUGCUGAGGCAGGUAUUACAGUAAAAGUGACCUGUUCGGCCAGGGUGUGGUGUGGGGUGUUUUUCGCACGUAGGAUGCUGAGUUAUGCUGAAGGCAGCAUGGCAGCUAUGAAGUUUCUCCCCGUGCUACUCCGGUGAUCUGACCACCACCACCACCCCCUCGCCCCUGCCAGCACGCGCCCCGACUCCGGUGUCCCUCUCGGUGAGCGAGCCCCAUCUUCUCUGGAGGCUCCAGAGGAACCUCCAUGGCGGGCGAGAAGAGUCGACACAGCGCGAUGGACAUCAAGCGUCUGGCCGGGUUGCUCCAGCGCGGCGCCGGCCGCCUGCUCGUUAUCGACAGCCGCACGUUCUCUGAGUACAAUGCCUCGCAUGUGCACGGUGCCGUCAACGUCUGCUGUUCCAAGCUGGUGAAGAGGAGACUACAGCAGGACAAGGUGUCUGUCAUUGAGCUCCUGCAGCCCAACGGGAAGGUCAAGGUGGAUCUGACCAGGAGACAAGAGGUGGUGGUGUAUGACCAAAGCACUAAAGAUGUCAGUCAGCUCUCCAAAGAAGGCUUUGUCCACAUUCUGCUGAGCAAGUUGGAUGGAACGUUCCACAAAGUGUCUCUGCUCACAGGUGGGUUUGCGGCCUUCUCGUCCUGCUUCCCGGGCCUGUGUGAGGGGAAGCCCGUGGCCGUUCUGCCCAUGAGCCUGUCCCAGCCGUGUCUGCCCGUGGCCAACGUGGGGCCUACGCGGAUCCUGCCUCACCUCUACUUGGGCUCGCAGAAGGACGUACUCAACAAGGAUCUGAUGGUCCAGAAUGGCAUCACGUACGUGCUGAAUGCCAGUAACACCUGCCCCAAGCCGGAGUUCAUCUCGGAGAGCCACUUCAUGCGCAUUCCUGUUAACGAUAACUACUGUGAGAAACUUCUCCCUUGGCUGGACAAAACCAACGAGUUCAUUGACAAAGCCAAGGUGUCCAACUGCCGAGUGAUUGUCCAUUGUUUAGCGGGCAUCUCUAGGUCUGCCACCAUUGCCAUCGCUUACAUUAUGAAGACAAUGGGCUUGUCAUCAGAUGAUGCGUACAGGUUCGUUAAGGAUCGCAGGCCUUCCAUAUCGCCAAACUUUAACUUCCUGGGCCAGCUGCUGGAGUUCGAGAAGGGUCUGCGGCUUCUGAAGGCGCUGUCCUCGGGUCAGGAGAAGGGCGAGCAGCUGGACGAGCCUGGCGAACCCGGAGGAGAAGCGCCCCCGAAGCCUGAGGGCUCUCGUCCGGAGGGAGAGGCAGACAGCAGCGAGAUGGAGGCCAAGCUGGUGUCACCCACGUCACUGCAGCAGGGCUUCAACAGCCUCAACCUGUCGGUCGAGCGCAUCCUGGACACCAACCGCCUCAAGCGCUCCUUCUCGCUGGACAUCAAGUCUGUCUACACGCCCAGCCAGUGUCCUCGCCUGGCACCCGUCCACGUCGAGGACGUGCCCAAACUCUGCAAGUUGGACAGCCCCGGUUCUGGGGUCGCCAACGGCGUGUGCCAGCUGUCGCCGGCUUCGGACCGCCCUGGCUCGGCUGACUCCCCGAGCCCGCUGGCAGAGGGUGGGCCGAGGGUGCGCUCACGGCGGAAAAGCAAGCACAGUGGCAGCAGCGCAGGCAGCUCGCCAGUGCACUCGCUCGGCCGAACGCUGCCCGUGCGCAAAAGCCCCAGCCUGGAUGACAGCCUGAAGUCAUCGCUGCUGCUCAGCCUUCCUGCGGUGGGCACGGGGCCGAUGUGGACCAAGCACCGCGACACGGUGCAGGCCACCACGCCCGUCACGCCCACGGGUGACACGCCCUGGUUCUAUGGCUCGGAGUCUCUGGGCGGCGGGGGAGGGCCGGUGCACUUCACGCCGCUGGGCUGCGGCGGCGCGCUUCCGGGCCCAUGCGACGCGGUGCGCCUCCGGCAGAAGGCGGGCGAAGCGCGGGAGUCACGGGCCAGCUGGCACGAGGAUGCCGCCGCCGCCGCCGACAAACAGUUCAAGCGACGCAGCUGUCAGAUGGAGUUUGAGGACGGGAUCUCGGAGACGCACUCCAGGGAGGAGCUCGCCAAGAUCGGCAAGCAGUCCAGCUUCUCAGGCAGCAUGGAGAUCAUCGAGGUGUCCUGACAACCGCACUGCAAGCUGGGACUGAUGGAUAGAGGCAGACAGGCACCCCCUGCAGGCGAGGAGGAGUGAGGGAGGGUGGAAAGGGCCUGUUUCGGACUUGGGGAGCAUUCGUUCACGCUUAGCCUCAAGGAAAUGACUGAUUAGGAGAAAUCGGACAUUCGGAUUUCUGGGACUGGGGAGCUAGGUGGAGGCAAAUUUCACUCUGUCUCUAGUGUUUCUAAGCCAUCACCAUCCCAAAAAGGAUUUGGGAGGGUGCUAAGGACUGAUCUGCUGUACUGUACAUGCACAACCAAACCCAGGCGCAGAAUAACUCUUCUCUCCGACACGUUCCUCUCCAAAAAAAGCUUUACCAGCCUGACUGUACUGAUUAGAAAGCAUGGCUCAGUCUCCUCUGGUCACCACUGCAUACGGUAUUAGUCUACCUUACACUCAGUGUAAUUGCACCUCCACAUCACAAGGGGUCUCUACUGACAGACUGGAAGCCCUGGUACAGACUCUGAUCUAAUGAAGGCUUCUUUGUGUACCAUCUUUGUCCUCCCUACUCCUGUAUCCCAGAAAGAGCGGAAUUCUGGGGGAGGAUGCAGGAAUGUUAUGAAGGAAAGGCAUUGUGGAUGUUCUUCUCGCAGUGCCCUCUGUCACUGUUUUGUUCUUUGUGUUUGUUCUUUUACCUUUUCCCAAAUUUCACACCCCCCCCCCCCCCUUCCCCCACCGUACAAUGGGAGGGGAUGAAAUGAAUGACCACCCAGCUUAUCCACACUGAGCAUGCUCCACAGCUGCUGGGUUCCCUACAGAUACAUAGUAUAUACACUAUACACAGCUAUUUCAGUGGACGUUCUUAAUCCUUUGGUUCUCUCGGUUUUAAUUUAUUUUAUUUUAUCCUUUCAUUCUGGUAAUGAGAAGUAAUAUAAUGAUUGUGGAAUCUUUUAUUGUGUGUGUGUGUAUGUGUGUGUAUGUGUGUGUAUGUGUGUGUAUGUGUGUAUGUGUGUGUGUGUGUGUGUGUGUGUGUGUGUGUGUUGACCUCAGUUUUUCGCUGUAUGGUAUUUAUAAAAUCACUCACAAAACUGAUACAGAACUACAAGCAGUAUGUGCUAUUUUGUCCAUUUUUUGUACAUUUUCCAUUUUUUCAUGUAUAAGGGAGAGUGAUUAUUAAAAUGAGUUCGUAUGGUAUUUUUAAUGCACUUUCUUUUGCUUUAAGGAGUUUAUGAAUUGUUUCAUCAAAAGGGUACCACAGUGCUUUUACACACCAUGCGUUCCCAAACCCCUGCUUCAGUGUCCUGAACUGUCACGAGCUGUGACGUUCAGAACGGUUUCGGUAUGUCUUCAGCCCGUUGGCUCUGAAAUAUUAUAGGACUGUAAGCAUGUGUAUUCGACAAUAAUCAGAAGUGAUAGCUCAGCUUCCUAAAAUGACCGUAAGGCACGUCAGUGCAUUUUGAAUCUUAGAUUUGAGCUUUUUCUCUACAAGCACAUAUGAUGAAUGCAAAUUUAAAAUGUUGCCAGGGACUUGGAGGGUUUUCCGGUUGUCUCUUUUAUUCUUUGUAUUUAUGCGUUUAUUUAUUGUUUAUGCGAGACCGUGCAGAUGGGGUGUAAGUGACUAAUUCAGAGGGACCUUUGUGAACCCAAAUCAUCACACAAUAUUUUGGACAGGAGGUCUCGAUCUCUCUCUUUUGCUCUGUGAGUCUCGUGUGUGCAGGGGAUAAAAAAAUAAACUGACUCUACGUGAUAUGCUAACUAACGUAUAAGCUCAUAACACACCAGCUGUGGUGAGUCAGAUCUGGGUUUGUGUUGGGUCCAAGGAAGACAUGGUGGGCGGAGACAGAGAUGAUAGCACGUGAUGCUUGAGUUGGGCUCAGGGUAGGUGCAAACAAGUCCCAUCUCUGAGCUGUGGGUCCCCACACAGCUGCCCCUACCUUCCUGGACUAAUCUCCCCACACCUUUUGGCCACAUUCUGUCUUGCUCACUCUGUUGUCUCAUUCUGGCUCACUUUCUCUCUCUCUCUCUCUCUCU